AUGCGAUGCAGUUUGUCCCACGUUCAUCGCGAUGGUUGCAUUAACGUCCAAAUCUAUCUACAGAUCCUGAACUUGGCCGUGAUGCUGGUGAUGGCUGCUCUGCAGAUCGGAUCCGAUCACUUGGACAGCGAUGAGUGCGGCUGCGGGCGGCGGGGCUGAGAUGAGACAUCAAUAAACAAGCGAAGAGCAAUGCAUACAA